AUACAGUUCCCACUCACAGAGGUCACACCCAAAUUCGAAGAAACAGUAUCAUCAAACCAAAUCCCUAAAAGUAAUGGAGAAGAACGCAUCAACUUCAUCAUUGAAUGACUUGGGUCCGAGUGGUCUAGAUCUAACCAGCGCCUUCUUCAAACCGAUUCACAACUCCGAUCCUCCUCUCCCUUCAAACCGAUGUACAAAGAUCUCCGUCGUCGGAGUCGGCAACGUCGGGAUGGCCAUCGCUCAAACCAUCCUCACUCAAGAUCUCGCCGACGAGAUCGCUCUCGUUGACGCCAAGCCUGAUAAGCUUCGUGGCGAGAUGCUCGAUCUCCAACACGCUGCUGCUUUCCUCCCUCGAACCAAGAUCACCGCCUCUGUUGAUUACGACGUCACCGCUGGAUCUGAUCUUUGUAUCGUCACUGCUGGUGCAAGACAGAAUCCAGGCGAGUCUAGACUCAAUCUGCUUCAGAGGAACGUUGCUCUCUUCCGCCAUAUCAUUCCUCCGCUGGCUAAAGCUUCUCCUGAUUCUAUCUUGCUCAUUGUUUCUAAUCCUGUCGAUGUUUUGACUUACGUUGCUUGGAAGCUCUCUGGUUUUCCGGUGAACCGGGUUCUUGGAUCUGGUACUAAUCUCGAUUCCUCUCGGUUCCGGUUCUUAAUCGCAGAUCAUCUCGACGUUAAUGCUCAGGAUGUACAGGCCUUUAUUGUCGGAGAGCAUGGAGACAGUUCGGUCGCAUUGUGGUCGAGCAUAAGUGUUGGAGGCAUCCCUGUCCUAAGUUUUCUAGAGAAGCAACAGAUUGCUUACGAGAAACAAACCCUUGAGGAUAUCCAUCAAACUGUCGUUGGCAGCGCUUAUGAAGUCAUUGGACUCAAGGGUUACACUUCUUGGGCCAUCGGCUACUCUGUUGCUAAUCUGGCUCGCACUAUUCUUCGUGACCAGCGCAAGAUCCAUCCUGUCACGGUUCUUGCUCGUGGAUUUUAUGGUGUUGAAGGGGGUGACGUCUUCCUCAGCCUCCCUGCUUUGCUUGGACGCAAUGGUGUGGUUGCUGUGACUAAUGUGCAUAUGACUGAUGAAGAGGCUGAGAAGCUGCAGAAAUCCGCAAAGACUAUAUUGGAGAUGCAGAGCCAAUUGGGACUUUGAAAAUCCCAUCUCUCUGCUUCAAUUUUAUAACUCUUUUUUUUUGGUUAUGAUCCCAUGGAUGAUGGUGUGUCAAUGUUGAUCUUUUAUGUUAUGUAAAUGCUUUUUAAUGCAUAAAUUUGAGUUCUGUUUUGAAGUAAUGACUGAAACAUAUGAAUAAUGGGAUGGUUAGAGAGA